UAAAUUGGAGUCUCCUCUCCUCAAGCUGCUACAGAAACAGAGCUUAAACUGAUAUCAUGAGCCUUUCCAACUCCAUUUCUUAUUUGUUUUUCUCAUCUUUUUGCAUCCAUGCUCUCAUUCUUCACUCAAUAUGUAUUUGCUUGGCCUUUUCCGGAAAUGAGACGGAUCGACUAGCCUUGCUUGAAGUCAAGGCUAGAAUAACCAGCGACCCCUUUGGAGUCAUGGCUUCAUGGAACGAAACCAACCACUUUUGCGAUUGGCAUGGCGUUACAUGCGGUCGUCGUCACCAGAGGGUCACCAGUUUGUCCCUCAAGUCGUUGAAACUAGCAGGCUCUAUAUCACCCCAUGUUGGAAACUUGAGCUUUUUGAGAGCACUUCAUCUCCAAAACAACAGCUUCAGCCAUGAAAUUCCCCCAGCAAUUGGCCAUCUGCGCAGAUUGGAAGAUCUACGACUCUACAACAAUUCACUAACCGGUGAAAUUCCCUCUAAUAUAUCAGGUUGGUCUUCACUCAUAAACAUCGUUCUUAGUCACAAUUUUCUGGUAGGAAAAAUUCCACAGGAGCUUGGCACCUUGUCCAAGCUAAGACUUAUAGUCAUUCAGAACAACCACCUUACGGGAAGUGUCCCAUACUCUUUUGGCAACUUAUCUUCUCUUAAAGCUCUUCAUGCAUCUUCUAAUAAUUUAACUGGGAGUAUUCCAGAUAUUUUUGGCCAACUGACCAAUUUAAGUACUCUUGUAUUGGAUCUAAAUGGCUUAUCAGGUGUGAUCCCUCCCUCAUUUUUCAAUCACUCUUCGAUCACUACUUUUGGUGCUUCUUAUAACAAAAUCCAAGGGACUUUGCCCUCAAACUUAGGAGUUGCCUUCCAAAGUCUCAAAUUUUUUCGUAUCAACUAUAACCAAUUUACUGGACCUAUCCCUGCUUCAAUAUCAAAUGCCUCAAAUCUAGUUGCACUUGGACUGGGAGGAAACCAACUGCAUGGAAAAGUCCCUUCUUUGGAAAAUUUGAUUAGCCUUGAGGAGUUUGUUCUUCCUGACAAUCGUCUUGGAAGUGGGGGAAUUGAUGACUUGACCUUUCUUUGCCAUUUGACUAAUGCCACCCGUUUAAGAAUACUGCAAAUUGGCAAUAACACUUUCGGUGGUAUGCUACCUGAAUGCAUAGCAAACUUGUCGUCUUCUAUUCGAUUCUUCCAUGUAAGUGACAAUAAAAUAUUCGGAAGCAUCCCAAAUGGCAUUGGAAAUCUGGUUAGUUUGGAGAGUGUUCAGCUGUUCGCGAACCGGUUUUCAGGUCACAUUCCCCCUCAUGUAGGCAAGCUUCAGAGGUUAUAUGAACUAUCUAUGGAUAACAACUUUCUCUCCGGGAAUGUUCCAUCCUCUUUUGGAAAUUUAAGUCGAUUAACAAAAUUAAAUCUAUAUGGCAACAAACUUCGAGGCAAUGUUCCUUCAAGUUUAGCAGAGUGUCAAAAUUUGAUGGUCUUAUCUCUUGACGCUAACGAUUUUAACGGAAUCAUACCCCAAGAGAUCACUGGUCUCUCCUCAUUAAAUGAAUUGAGUUUAUCUCAAAAUCAUUUCACUGGUUCCCUUCCCCGGGAUAUAGGAAAGUUAAUAAAUCUACAGUAUUUAGUGAUCUCUGGAAACAAGUUAUUUGGUGAAAUUCCGCCAAGCCUUGGUAGCUGUAUUAGAUUAGAGUAUCUAUACAUGGAUCAAAACUUCUUCCAAGGGAAAAUUCCAUCAUCCUUGGCUUCACUAAGAGGUCUUGCAGAUUUGUAUCUCUCUCAAAACAACUUCUCAGGCGUGAUUCCAGAAUUCUUGGAGCGGUUUCAAGUUUUGCAAUCCUUGAACCUAUCUUUCAACAAUUUUGAGGGCAGCGUACCAAGCAAUGGAAUUUUCAAGAAUGCAACUGCCACAUCAGUGGAAGGAAAUAGUAAACUUUGUGGCGGCAUUCCUGAAUUUCAUUUGCCAAAAUGCAGAGUUCCACACAAAAGAGGACUGAGUCCAACCAUGAAAUUGAUAAUCUCUCUGGUUUUUGGGAUACUGGGAGUCAUUUUGGUACUAACAUUCUUGUACCUUCAAUGCUUACGAAGGGGAAAAAAGGAAAGCGCUUCAAGUGAUUCAGAAAAAUUUCUCAAGGUGUCUUAUCAAAGCCUUCUAAAAGCUACUGACGCAUUAUCCUCUACCAACUUGAUUGGCAUGGGCAGUUUUGGGUCCGUUUAUAAAGGAGUACUUGAAGAUGGUGGAGCAACAAUUGCAAUAAAGGUUUUCAAUCUCGUUCGUCGUGGUGCCUACAAAAGUUUCACUGCUGAGUGUGAGGCUUUGAAAAAUAUAAGACACCGUAAUCUUGUGAAAGUACUCUCGGUGUGUUCAGGUUCUGACUAUCGCGGUAAUGAUUUCAAGGCCUUAAUUUAUGAGUUCAUGGUUAAUGGGAGUUUAGAGGAAUGGUUGCAUCCUGCUGGAACAAAUGGCGAGAUAAAUGAAAGACAAAGGAGCUUAACUUUUUGUCAAAGGCUGAACAUAGCAAUUGACGUCGCUAUGGCGUUAGAGUAUCUCCAUCAUCAUUGUGAGACGCCAAUUGUUCACUGUGACCUUAAACCCAGCAACGUUCUUCUCGACGAUGAUAUGAUCGGACAUGUAGGAGACUUUGGGUUGGCAAAAUUCCUCCCCAUAACUUCUCAAACCAGUUCUGGUAAUCAAUCAAGCUCGCUCGGAAUAAAAGGAACAAUUGGUUAUACUCCUCCAGAGUAUGGCAUGGGACACAACGUGUGGAUACAAGGAGAUGUGUACAGUUAUGGCAUUCUGCUGCUCGAGAUGUUUACAGGAAAAAAACCAACCGACAAUCUGUUUCAAGGAACUUUAACCCUUCAUAACUUUGUCAAGGCCGCUGUGCCUGAGCAAUUGGUAGAAAUUGUGGAUCCCGUUCUUGUUCAGGAAAUGGUGCAAGCGGAGAUGAGCACUAGCGAUCAUCGUAAUGAGGAUAACGCAAGGCUUCGCAUGAAAACCGAAGAAUGCUUGAUUUCAAUUUUAGAAAUUGGUCUUGCUUGCUCUGCAGAGUUGCCUGGAGAAAGGUUGGACAUGAGUGAUGCUGUGGCACAGAUGUGUCAGAUCAGAAAGAAGCACACCGUGCAGCGUUAGCAUGCAAUGCAGUUGUAAUGUUUCCUUGUUUUAAACUAGUUUUCAUAUUUCUUUGAUUAAUAAAGACAGUAUGGCUAGCUGAUGACUACUUUGCCAAACUGGCUUCAAUAGAUUUUCUGUCAUUUGACUCUUCUUGACCAAUGGGAUUCCAACUUUAAGCAAA